ACUCUAGGUGUCGACACAUAAAAACCAACUCACUUCGCAAACCUUAAGUGGGUUGAAUCGUAUCACUUCCACGUCAGCUUACACCUACGUGAAAUCAACCUCAAAUCCGACUUUCAACUAGCUGGUCUACUUAUUCAUACGUCAAUCUCUCCUUUUAUUAGCGGACCGCCAACAUGCGGCUCUCCAAUAGAAGCAACGAAACCGGGAGCGAGGAGCACAAGAGGGAGGAUUCCGUCAUAGUAGAUUAUGGAUUCGGUCAAGUUAGCGACGAAAAUGCCGUACACGGACGGGAACUGGCCUCGGGCAAAUCCAUGUAUGCCAAACUCCAACGGUUCGCUGGUAAGUUCGGUAUGGAACAGCGAGGAAUCGAGCGAGUCCCCAGUGAUGAAAGGACGGACUCGAAUAUGAGCCAAAUAGGCACUUUGUGGUUCUCUGCGAAUAUGGUUGUUUCGUCAUUUGCCAUCGGUGCCCUUGGAAAGCCCGUAUUCAAUCUUGGAUUCGUUGAUACUGCUUUGACUAUCAUAUUCAUCAAUACCCUUGGAAUCUUGCCGGUUUGUUUCUUCUCGACCUUCGGUCCCAAAUUUGGGUUACGUCAGAUGGUAUUAUCAAGAUUCUGGUUUGGAUACUACGGCGUCAAACUGAUUGCCAUUUUUAACGUCUUAGCCUGCCUUGGUUGGUCUGCUGUGAACGUUAUUGUCGGAGCUCAAUUCUUCCACGCAAUUAAUGAGGACGUUCCUGGUUGGGCCGGCAUCCUGGUUAUUGCAUUUUCUACCUUGGUUAUUUGCACUUUUGGCUAUAAAGUCGUCCACGCUUACGAGAAAUGGUCUUGGCUUCCUGUUUUCAUCAUCUUUAUGAUAGUGUUGGGUGUCUUUGCCCAUUCUGGAGAGUUUAACAGCUUACUCCCACUGGAGACCGGAGUAUCUGAGGCUGGUAGCGUUCUCUCCUUUGCAGCGUCGGUAUACGGCUUUGCGACGGGAUGGACUUCCUACGCUGCGGACUACACCGUGUACCAGCCAGUGGGACGAUCGAGCAAGGCUGUUUUCUUGUGGACCUUCGGCGGUUUGUUCGUCGCCCUGUGUUUCACCGAGCUCCUCGGAGCCGCCGUGGCCACCGCAAUGGCAAACAACCAAGCCUACCUCGACGCCUACGACAACGCCCAUAUCGGUGGUCUGCUAGCCGAGGUUCUCGUUCCGAGACUUGGCCGAUUCGGCGAAUUCUGCAUCGUGCUUCUCGGCCUCUCCAUUAUCGGCAACAACUGCCCAAACAUCUACUCCGUAUCGCUGUCUCUCCAGGUCCUCUCCGAAAAGACACAGCGCGUGCCGCGUUUCGUCUGGUCCCUAGUCGGCACCGCCGUCUAUAUCGCCGUCGCGAUCCCGGGCUACAACGAGUUCGAAAGCACCCUCGAGAGCUUCAUGUUGAUCAUCGGGUACUGGCUCGCCAUCUACGAGGGCGUCUCUCUCACCGAACAUUUCGUCUUCCGCCGCGGCAGAACCGACCGCUACCACCCCGAGGAUUACGUGGAGCCUAAGAAGCUCCCGCCCGGACUGGCAGCCAUCACCGCGUUCUGCUUCGGCGUUAUGGGAGCUGUGCUAGGCAUGGCGCAGACAUGGUUCAUAGGACCGAUUGGCAAAUUAUGCGGCGCGGAAGGAUAUGGUGGCGACGUGGGUUUCGAGCUUGCGUUUGCGUUUGCGGCGAUAAGUUAUGCGGUGAUGAGGACGGCGGAGUUUGCGUAUUUCAGGAGGUGAAAUGGUGGGGUUUGGGUAGAAGUGGUU